AGAGAGAAGCUAGGGACUAAGGAAAGGGAGAGAGAGACACCCCGCUGACGGGGUAACCUGGGAUCCAUCGCUACCCUGCCUCCGCUAUCCGCGCCGCGUACCCCACUCCACUCCCUCCCGGCUUCGCCGGGUUCCCAGCCCCUCCUCUUUGCCUCCUCCCUAGGUCCCUCCUCCGGCUGGUAAAGCCGAAGUUUCCUGUGCUGGGCUGGGCUGUGCGGCGCGGAGCAGAGCGGAGCGGAGUGGGGAGGCUCCGGAGCUGACAACCGAAGCUCCACGGCAUCCCGGCCCCCCGCGCCUCAGCCUGACCACCCGGUCCGCGCCCUAGCUUGACUUCCCAGAGGCCAGACCACAGGUCCCGAGGCUGCGCGUCCGCCUGCCUCGGGAAUUGGGAGGCGGGGGGAGGGCGCAUCUCUCCGGGAGGCGGAGGAGGUGGGGGCAGGAUUGAGCCAGCUUGAGACAGAGACUCAGAGACACAGAGAGACAGGGACCGCGAGGGAGCUAGCUAGCGAAGGAGACGCGAAGCGCGCGACACCGCGCCGUCAGUCCGGAGCUCUCCUAGUGGUUGGUGGAUUUACAAAGCUGGAGUCCGGGCGGGCGCCGUCCUGGCUUCCCGGGAAGUGUCUCCGUGCCCUGGUGCGCGGUGAACUGGACGUCACGGCUAUGCUCGUGGGGAGCCAUCUGGUCGCCGGACCUAGGUGCCGCCCGCGAUCAUGACUGAUGGCGAGAGGAAACAGCCCUUGCAGCCGCUGGCUAGCGACGAGGUCCGGGUGCCCAUCGCGUCGGUCCAGGCUGCCCAGCCUGGGGAGGAGGAGGAGGAGGAUGCGGCCAGCGGCAGCAAGUCUCUCCAAGGCAGCGUGGCCUCGGGGGCGUCCUCUGCCCGGGAACGGGAGCUGGAGCGUGAGUGCGCGCCGGAACCCGAGCCGGAGCCGGAGCCGAAGCCGGCGCCCGAGCCCGAACCCGAGCAAGAACCGGAGCCGGAGCUGGGCGCCGCUGAUGAGGAACAAGUCCCCUACCCAGCUCUGGCCGCCACAGUCUUCUUCUGCCUCAAGCAGACUUCGCGGCCGCGGAGCUGGUGCCUCAGACUGGUCUGUAACCCCUGGUUCGAGCAUGUUAGCAUGCUGGUCAUCCUUCUGAACUGCGUGACUUUGGGCAUGUUCCAGCCCUGUGAGGAUGUGGAAUGCCAGUCAGAGCGCUGCAAUAUCCUGGAGGCAUUUGAUGACUUCAUCUUUGCCUUCUUUGCUGUGGAAAUGGUCAUCAAGAUGGUUGCCUUGGGGAUCUUCGGCCAGAAAUGUUACCUGGGAGAUACAUGGAACCGUCUAGACUUCUUCAUUGUCAUGGCUGGCAUGAUGGAAUAUUCUCUGGACGGACACAACGUCAGCCUUUCUGCCAUCCGGACUGUUCGCGUUCUGCGGCCACUCAGAGCCAUUAACAGGGUGCCAAGCAUGCGGAUCCUGGUGACAUUGCUGCUGGACACACUGCCCAUGCUGGGCAACGUCCUGCUCCUCUGUUUCUUUGUUUUCUUCAUCUUUGGCAUUGUGGGGGUGCAGCUCUGGGCUGGACUUCUAAGGAACAGAUGCUUCCUGGACAACAACUUUGUCAGGAAUAACAACCUGACCUUUCUGAACCCCUAUUACCAGACAGAAGAAGGUGAGGAGAACCCAUUCAUUUGUUCUUCACACCGUGACAAUGGCAUGCAGAAGUGUUCCCACAUCCCCAUCCGCCGGGAGCUACGGGUAGAGUGUACACUAGGCCUAGAGGCUUAUGGCCGCUCCUUGGAGAGUCUUGAUGGUGGUGGAAGAAACUCCUGCAUCAACUGGAAUCAGUACUACAACGUGUGCAGGACAGGUGACCUCAACCCGCACAACGGAGCCAUCAACUUUGACAAUAUUGGCUAUGCCUGGAUCGCUAUCUUCCAGGUUAUAACCUUGGAAGGCUGGGUUGACAUCAUGUAUUAUGUCAUGGAUGCACAUUCUUUUUAUAAUUUUAUAUAUUUUAUAUUACUAAUAAUCGUGGGCUCUUUCUUCAUGAUAAACCUGUGCCUGGUGGUGAUCGCCACGCAAUUCUCAGAAACAAAGCAGCGGGAGAACCAGUUGAUGCAGGAACAACGGGCUCGCUACCUCUCCAAUGAUAGCACCAUUGCCAGCUUCUCCGAACCAGGCAGCUGCUAUGAGGAGCUCCUCAAAUACAUUGGUCACAUCUUCCGAAAAGUGAAGCGUCGGACCCUGAGGCUGUAUGCCACUUGGCAGAAGAAGCGCCGGGAGAAGGUCAACCCCAACGGUGCCCUCCACGGACAGGGGGUCGGGCGCCGUGGCCGCAAACGGGUCCCCUCCAUCCACCACCUGAUUCACCACCAUCACCACCACCACCAUCAUCACUACCACAUCAGCAACGGGAGCCCUAGGGGCCCCUGCGGUAGCCCCGAGGUCCGCGGGGAUGUGGAGCCCAGAGGGGGGAAGCCUGGCACCCGGCUCAUGCUGCCACCUCCCCCGUCCCCAGGCCCACAGGGACUCCCAUCCCCACCUCAUGAUGCUGAGUCAGUUCACAGCAUCUACCAUGCCGAUUGCCACGUGGAAGCCCCACAAGAUCAGGGUGGCCGAGUGUCCCGGGCUGCUGCAGGGCUCAAACUGGCCACUGGACUUGGUAGCAUGAACUACCCCACCAUCCUGCCUUCAGCUUCAGGGGGCAAGGGUAGUUUGGCUCUGGGUCCUGUGGGGAAGAAGGGCAGUGGGCCGCCUGUCCCGGUAGUGAACAACAGCUCUGUGAGUUUGAGUGCUGACGCCUAUGGGAAGCUGCAACACUUGGUUGGGGAACAUGGUCUCUGCAGGGCUCCCAGCAGGCUGUCAGGCCUAAAUGUGCCCUGCUCCCUACCCAGUCCCCAAGCAGCCAUGCUGACAUGCGAACUGCAGAAUUGUCCCUACUGUGCCAACAUCUUGGAGGAUCCUGAGUUUGAACUGAGUGAGCUGGAGAGCUAUGACUCCGACACCAAUGGUGUUUAUGAAUUCACACAAGACCUGCGGCAUGGAGACCACCGAGACCCCAUCCAGCAGCCUCAGCAGGCCCCACCACAGAGCGGGUCCAGGCGGCGGGGAGGGGUCCCCAGGAAGAAGGCGGGGGACCGCAGUGGGGUGGCCUGUCUCUGGGCGGCUUUUGGAAACAAACUCAAGCGGAUUGUGGAAAGCAAGUACUUCAACCGAGGUAUCAUGAUCGCCAUCCUGAUCAACACCCUCAGCAUGGGCAUAGAACACCAUGAGCAGCCUGAAGAGCUGACCAAUGCCUUGGAAAUCAGCAACAUCGUCUUCACCAGCAUGUUUGCCCUGGAGAUGCUGCUGAAGCUGUUGGCCUUUGGGCUUCUGGGCUACAUCAGGAAUCCUUACAAUAUCUUUGAUGGUAUCAUCGUUGUUAUCAGUGUCUGGGAAAUUAUCGGGCAGUCAGAUGGGGGCCUGUCAGUACUCCGGACCUUUAGGCUCCUUCGGGUGCUGAAGCUGGUUCGGUUUAUGCCAGCUCUUCGACGACAGCUAGUGGUGCUGAUGAAAACCAUGGACAAUGUGGCCACCUUCUGUAUGCUGCUGAUGCUGUUCAUCUUUAUCUUUAGCAUCCUUGGCAUGCACCUCUUCGGGUGUAAAUUCAGCUUGAAAACUGACACUGGAGACACCGUCCCGGACAGGAAGAAUUUUGACUCCUUGCUCUGGGCCAUUGUCACUGUGUUCCAGAUUCUCACCCAAGAAGACUGGAAUGUUGUGCUUUAUAAUGGCAUGGCCUCCACUUCCUCUUGGGCUGCUCUCUACUUUGUGGCGCUGAUGACCUUUGGCAACUAUGUGCUGUUCAACUUACUGGUGGCCAUCCUAGUGGAGGGCUUCCAGGCAGAGGGGGAUGCAAAUAGAUCUGACACCGAUGAGGACAAGACAUCAGCUAACUUCGAAGAGGAUUUUGAAAAACUGAGAGACUUACGUGCCACAGAGAUGAAGAUGUAUUCACUGGCAAUGACACCCAAUGGGCAUCUGGAGGGCCGUGGCAGUCUGCCUCCACCUCUCAUCAUGCGUACUGCAGCUACACCCAUGCUGACGCCCAAGAGUUCUCCCAAUGUGGACUCCACCCCCAACCUCCUGGACUCACGCAGAGGCAGCAGUGUCUCUGUAGACCCCCAGCACUAUGAUCAGAAGUCAAUGUCCAGCCUACGCAGUUCUCCCUGUGCCAACUGGGGCCCCAAUAGUACAUGGGGCAGCAGGCGCUCCAGCUGGAACAGCCUGGGCCGGGCGCCCAGCUUAAAGAAGAAGAGCCAAUGUGGGGAGCGAGAGUCCUUACUCUCCGGGGAGGGCAAAGGCAGCACAGACGACGAGUCAGAUGAUGCUAAGCCAGGCUCAGCAGGCCGAGCAUCCCAACUGCGCCGAGCCGAGUCCCUGGACUACCGAAGUACGCUGGACCUGCGAGAGGGGCUCCAGCGGCUGUCCCCACGCCCAACUACUCUGCUGCCCCUUGAAUACCAGGACUGCAAUGGCCAGAUGGUGCACAUGCCCAAUGAGUUCUUCCUACGCAUCGACAACCACAAGGAGGAUCCUUCAGAUUAUGAUGAUGACAUGGAUGAUAGCUACUGCUUCCGAUUGAAAAAGAUGUUAGAGCCAUACAAGCCAGAAUGGUGUAAGACCCAUGAAGACUGGUCUUUCUACCUGUUCUCACCUCAGAACCGGGCUCGGGUCACAUGUCAGAAGGUCAUUGCCCACAAAAUGUUUGAUCAUGUGGUCCUGGUGUUCAUCUUUCUCAAUUGCAUCACAAUAGCCCUGGAGAGACCUGACAUUGAUCCUAAUAGCACAGAGCGGGUCUUCCUGAGUGUUUCCAAUUACAUCUUCACAGCGAUCUUUGUGGCUGAAAUGAUGGUGAAGAUGGUGGCUCUGGGUUUUUUCUCUGGGGAAAACAGUUACCUGCAAAGCAGCUGGAAUGUGCUGGAUGGACUACUAGUCUUUGUCUCCAUCAUCGACAUCAUUGUCUCCAUGGCUUCAGCUGGUGGGGCCAAGAUCCUAGGCAUCCUCCGGGUCCUGCGAUUGCUGAGGACACUGAGACCACUUCGGGUGAUCAGCCGAGCCCCAGGCCUUAAGUUGGUGGUGGAGACGUUGAUAUCAUCCCUCAGACCCAUUGGAAAUAUUGUCCUCAUCUGUUGUGCCUUCUUUAUAAUCUUUGGUAUUCUUGGGGUUCAGCUCUUUAAGGGUAAGUUUUAUUACUGCGAUGGUCCAGACACUCGAAACAUCACCACCAAAGCUGACUGCUGUGCAGCCCAUUACCGCUGGAUCCGGCGCAAAUAUAACUUCGAUAACCUGGGUCAGGCUCUUAUGUCCCUUUUUGUGCUCUCGUCCAAGGAUGGCUGGGUGAACAUCAUGUAUGAUGGCCUGGAUGCUGUGGGCAUCAACCAACAGCCCAUCCAGAACCACAAUCCCUGGAUGUUGCUGUACUUCAUCUCCUUCCUGCUCAUCGUCAGCUUCUUUGUCCUGAACAUGUUUGUGGGCGUGGUGGUGGAGAACUUCCACAAGUGCCGGCAGCACCAGGAGGCAGAGGAGGCGCGGCGGCGGGAAGAGAAGAGGCUCCGCAGGCUGGAGAAGAAGCGUAGGAGUAAGGCGAUAUACGUGUCCGGCAUUCUCCCUAACACAGAAGCCCAGCGCAGGCCGUACUAUGCUGACUAUUCACCCACCCGGAGAUCAAUCCACAGCCUGUGCACUAGCCAUUACUUGGACCUGUUCAUUACCUUCAUCAUCGGGAUCAAUGUGAUCACCAUGUCUAUGGAACAUUAUAACCAGCCCAAGUCCCUGGAUGAAGCCCUGAAGUACUGCAAUUAUGUCUUCACCAUCGUCUUCGUCUUUGAGGCUAUGUUGAAACUAGUGGCCUUUGGGUUCCGUCGAUUCUUCAAGGACAGGUGGAAUCAACUCGACUUGGCCAUAGUGCUUCUGUCCAUCAUGGGCAUCACUCUGGAGGAAAUCGAGAUGAAUGCAGCCUUACCCAUUAACCCUACCAUCAUCCGAAUCAUGCGUGUGCUCCGCAUUGCUCGAGUACUGAAGCUUCUGAAAAUGGCCACUGGGAUGCGGGCCCUACUGGACACUGUGGUUCAGGCAUUACCCCAGGUAGGGAACCUUGGCCUGCUUUUCAUGCUCCUGUUUUUUAUCUAUGCUGCCCUGGGAGUGGAGUUGUUUGGAAAGCUGGAUUGCAGUGAAGAUAACCCAUGUGAGGGCCUGAGCAGACACGCCACCUUCACCAACUUCGGCAUGGCCUUCCUCACCCUCUUCAGGGUGUCCACGGGGGACAACUGGAACGGAAUCAUGAAGGACACGCUACGGGAGUGUGCCCGAGAGGACAAGCACUGUCUGAGCUACCUGCCCAUCAUCUCUCCCGUCUACUUCGUCACCUUCGUCCUGGUUGCCCAGUUUGUGCUGGUCAACGUGGUGGUGGCUGUGCUGAUGAAACACCUGGAGGAAAGUAACAAGGAGGCCCGGGAAGACGCUGAGAUGGAUGCUGAGAUUGAGCUGGAGAUGGCACAGAGCAGUACGACUCCUGCUGCCCUGGCCCGAGGCCCAGGGCCGCCCCCUGGCCCGGACAGCCGGCCACCCAGAGGGAGUCGCCGGACUGGGAGUCCUGAGUCCACUCUGUCUAUGAAGCAACAAGUCCUGGAAGGAGCUGGGUCUUCCAGGGAAUCCCAAAACCUCCUUAUGGUGCACAAGGUUGCUGUGUCCAGGAUGCACUCCCUACCCAAUGACAGUUAUAUGUUCCGGCCUGUGGUGCCAGCCACAGCCCCAAACACCCUGCAAGAAGUGGAGAUGGAGACAUACCCAGCAAAAACCCCAACAGGUUCAGUUACUUCUGUUCACUCUCAGCCUAUGGAAUCCUGUUCAUCCCUGCAAGUCCCAGUGGAAAAUGCAUCUCUGUCAGCUGCACCUGGGCCUUCCCUUUCUGCCAGUACUGAGGUUCCAAGGUCCUCACAAAGUACUCCAAGGUCACCCAGCCUGAGUAGACUGCUCUGUAGACAGGAAGCCUUGCGGACUGAUUCCCUUGAAGGCCAGAUUGCAGAUUCCAGGGACACCCUUACAGGGGAGCCCAGUGAGAACACUCAGCCAAAGCGGGGCCUGGCAGGCACCCUGGGUGCCUCCCUGAUGUGCCUCACCCCCCUCUCCCUGCCUGGGACCCCUCCUCGCUCUCCGACCUCCUCCCCCCACUCCCGCCCCGCCAGUGUCCGUACCCGUAAGCACACCUUUGGCCAGCGAAGUAUUGCCAAGCGACCCAGCGGACAGAGCAGAGACUCUCCCACAGACCCUGAGACCUCAGACCCAGCUGAUGAGGAGGUGAGUCACAUUAACAGCUCGGUGCGGGCUUGGAAGCCCCAGGUUGAGGCGCGGAGCCACUCGGCUUCAACGUUCUCCUCCCCGGCCCGCAAGCCCUCGGCUUCCCCCAGUGAGGGCCAUGUGGGAGGCGGCGGGCUGGACAGAGACCUGAAGAAGUUCUACAGCGUGGACGCUCAGGGCUUCUUGGACAAACCUGACUGGGCCGACGACCAGCGGCGACACUCCGUGGAGGUCUGCUCCUCCAUCAGUGAGGGGGAGAGCAUCUAUGAGGAGUCUGGGGAGAAAAAGGCCAGGGCAUCUUGUCCAGUGGAGACUGAGCCUGCUCCAGGGGUACGAAGGAAGAAGAAGAUGAGCCCCCCUUGUAUUUCCAUUGAUCCUCCCGCAGAGUAUGAGGGCACCCUGGCUCCCCGCCCCUCGGUGUCCGAGAGCAGUGCGACUACUCUGAGGAGGAGGACGCCAUCCUGUGAGGUGACCCUGACUCCCGCAGCCUCCCACAGGGACUCCCUGGAGCAGGGAGAGAGUGGGGCAAGUGGGGCCGACAUGCCCCCCAAAGGGGAGUGGCGGGUCCCGGCCCAGUGCCGGGCGGAGCUUCUAAUGGUUCCCAACUUCUCCUUUGAGUUGCCAGAUGCAGGCUCUCCAGGUGGUGGUCACUUUUUGGACAGUGGCCAGCCCAUGGCCGCCAACUCCCGACCAGAGGCGGGAGAGUCCCCCGCGGGGGCAACAACUCCUGUGGAACUCCAAAAAACAGAGCAUUUCAAAUCUUCCGGAGACCCUCCUGAGAAAGGCCAGGAACUCCUCCUCACUGUUCCCAAAAGCCCCCUGAAGAAGUCAGGACCACCCCCCACAACACCCACUACAGAUGACCAAAUAGAUGAACCAGUAUAGCUUUGGGGAUGGGUGUCACUAAGGGCUUUGAUGCUCAGAUUUAGGUCCAUGCCCAGCAGGGGAGGGGGAGAGAAGGGGAUGGCAAGAAUGCAGCCCCACUCUGGCAGAGCUGGGCUGAGCUGGGAUUGCCCAGGGCCCGGGCCCAGGCCGGGGCGAUGACCCCGUAGGUUGGCAGGAGGGCCAGGCAGUGGGGCCUACCAUUGGAGCCGAUCCCAGCCAGGGGGCAGGGAGGGCAAUGCAAACAUUUUUUUCUUUUGGAAACAGUACAGGGAAGUCGCUUUUUUGCCCCCCAUAAGCCUCAAUCACAUUGAUUCAGGUUUGGGUUCUUUUUUUUUUUUUUAAUUUUUUUCCGCCUCUAGAUGGCACCUUAUUGUGUAGAAAUGACACAGUAUGUGAAAGUGCCCGGGCGACGUGAGCUGUACAGUGUCUGUAUAUCAGCAGUUCUAUAAAUAGAAAUAAUGUAUUUGUGAGAUAAAAAAAGAAAACGACAAAAAAAAAUCUGUCUUCAUAAUGCACAUAUUUUUAUAGAGAAUAAUCCAAAAUGUUGGCCAUUAACCUCCUUCCACAACUAAGUGGUGUUUCCUUGUGUUUAAUGUGGGAGUGAAUUUCUUUUCAUUUUCUCUUUCUUCCUUUGCCCUUCCCAUUCCCUUCUUGUCAUCUUCUCAACUUCAGGGGACCUUUUUGAGUGUCUCCUUUCUCUCUUCGAGUCUUUCUUGCUUUCAUACUUUAGAGACACAUCAUGUCUUCCCUCUGGGGAUAACCAAACCACUACUGUCUAGGGCAAUAAUAUAGCAUCAUCCCCUUCCUUCUUCAUCCUUCACUCUUCUUGUCCCUUCCCCAUCCCCAAGUAAUCUUCCCAUAGUAUGUGUGACUUUUUGGUGUUUUAUUUGACAUUUUCUCCUCCUACCAAUUCAGGUUAAAUGUUGCAAUAAUCUGAAAAGAUGUACUCAAAUUUAGUUUCUUGGGCCGAAGGACCUUGGAGAAAGUGGAGGGGGGAUGAGAGGGUGGAGAAGGGGAGGCAGGUUAAGGGAGAAUAGAAAUGAAUAAAUGUUAAAUUAUUGAAGAAAUAUAUUUUGUUUGCUGUAGUCAUAGUAAGUUAUUGGCACCAGAUGGAAAGAUUGAACACAUUUGUCCUGGGUCCCAUUUUUGGUGAUCAUUUAAGCUCAUGUUGCCUUCUCCAACAACCAAGGCAGAGGAAGGAUAAUGGUUCUUCCAGUUCUCCUCUAUCACCUCUCCCCACCUCAGCCCCAUCCCACACACACACAGUCUCUCCUCCCUACCACAGUUCCUCUCCAGUAUUGGGGGGAAGGUGAUGCCCAAGAAUGACCACAAGUGUCCAUGAAGGUGUGCAUUGGCGAGUAGCAUAGGGCCUCUAAGAAGCUUCUAGCUGACCUUAACCUCUAUGUGCCCUAGUCCUGCUCUUUCUCCACCCCUUGGAGAAAUAUCUUACUUACCAUUCUAGCCCUCUCCAUAUAAUGGUUUCACCCAUAGAAAGUUGUUGUUUUAUGAAGAAGAAAAAAGAAAAGAAAAAGAACCUGAUCAUAAUGAUGACAAACACAAUGAUAAUCCACCUAGCAUUAUGGUACUCUCUGCAAUCAGCCAUCAGCUGCCAAUAAUCCCCAGACGCCUCAUAUUCAUGCAUUCACCUUGUACCGUCUGUUAUUGAUGCAUUCAUUAUGCAAACGAGAAAAAUGUAUCUUGUUUCACAUGUAUUAAACUAUAUAAACUGGAAGUGUGGACUGAAUUUCUAAGUUGAAAGGGUGGGAUGUCCUGUGUUCCCCCACAGACCUGGGCUCGGCUAAAAAUGUUGAUGCCGUCUCUGCUCUGUCCCAAACCUAAGUGCUGAAAUCUAAGAAAAGUCAGGGGAUUUUUCAGUCAUUCACUCAUCAGUUCAUUCAGUCAGCAAACAUGGAUAGAGUACCAUAAGGAAUAAUGGCAACUCCAUAUAGUGGAAAGUAGGCCAGUAGACAUUUAUUAAGCACCUACUGUAUGCCAAGCUCUGUAUUAAGUGCUGGGACACAAGAGCAAAAGGUUGUCCAUGAAUUAAGAAUCAGAUGAUCUGUGUUCAAAUCCUAAAUCUUCCAUUCACUAUAUGAUCUUGAAUGUCACUGCUCUAGGCAGUUCCCUCAUUUGUAAAAUGGAGUUGGAGUGAAUGACCUCUAAGAUCCCUUAGAGCGCUAAAUCUGUGAUCCUGUGGUCUUUUCCCACCAUUCCCAUCCUACUCCCAAAGAAUGAACAUUAAUCCAGUUUUAGGAGGUAGGAAAGGACAGGAAAAAAAAACCUUACUAGCUUACUUGAUAAAGCAGACCUCUAAGCCUUACCUGGUAUAACCUAGGAAUUCUCACUCGUUUCUCUGGCUCUUCCAAUAAAACAUGGUUUCUGAAGGGGAGGCAGCCAAAGACCCUAAGCAGUUGUGACACUCGAACCUGGCAGCUGCUAAGCAAACAUUUUCUCCACCAGCACUCCAGUCCAUUUGAAGGGAUAAAAUGUGGAGCCAGGUAGCAAUUCCUCCCUAGCCUUGGCUACCAAAUGAUAGGAGGGGAAAUGCCUGUGAUAGGAAACAGGAAAAAUAAAUACCCCAGGGCCUCAUGGAUGAGCCCGAAUAAAGGGGGGAAAGAAUUGGAUGGGGUGUUGAAACUUGGAAUCUCCCAGAACUAAUAUCCUGCCAUUACCUGUAACUCACUUUUAUAUCACUUCAGCAUCCCUCUUGCAUUUAUUUCAUUCUCUCUUAAAUCAUAGUUUUUUUGGAUAGAUCAUUAGAUGAUAGAUUGAUAAAUAGAGCAUGUAAGCUGGUUGGUGUUUGUAUCCUUCAUUCUCAAAGAGGACCAAGAUGGCAUCCCUAUGUUAGAGUCUAGUUACAAUGUAUAACAAAUAGAUAACUUUGUGUAUCUCCCAUUUUUCUGAGCUAAUUAACUUCUGUUUUGUUCAUAGAGCCCAGUACCAGCACUCCAUGCUAGGCAGUCCUGAGCCAGUGGCUUCCAUAUCAUAAAAUUGAUUCUAAAGUUCUUAAGAGAGACCUUGAGAGUGAAUGCCUGCCAUAUGUGAGUUCUCCGUAAAAUAAUUUUUUUAGCAAGCGUACAUUUGUUAUUUGAACAAAGUGAACAGCCCAAUGGAGUCACGCCUCUGCAGUAGAGUU